CCCAGCUGAUGAUUAAGAUUCUCCCACUACUUCCUUAGGCCUCAGCCUCCUCCUCCUUUUCUCCCACUCCUUUUUUUUUUGUGCCAGAAAAACCCAGACACAAUGCUCAUGCGAACUCCAUUUUCCUAUUACCUCAGUCUCAUUUUUCUCAUCAUCACCAAAGGGGUAUCAGGAGCUACAUUCACCUUCGUAAACAAAUGUGACUUCACGGUAUGGCCAGGAAUUCUAGCCAGCGCCGGUAGUCCUAAGCUGGACAGCACCGGCUUUGAGCUCACCAAAGGCGGCUCCCGCACCUUCCAAGCUCCAACUGGCUGGUCGGGCCGCUUCUGGGCCCGAACCCGCUGCAACUUCGACGCAUCCGGCCUUGGCUCGUGUGCCACGGCCGAUUGCGGUUCGGGACUGGAGUGCAACGGAGCGGGAGCCGCUCCACCUGCCACCCUAGCCGAGUUCACGCUCGGCUCCGGCGGCACGCUGGAUUUUUAUGACGUCAGCCUGGUUGAUGGUUAUAACUUGCCUAUGAUCGUGGAGGGGAGUGGGGGAUCAGGUACGUGUGCCACCACCGGGUGUGCGUCGGACCUCAACCGGAGUUGUCCGAAUGAGCUCAAGGUCGUCGACGGCGACGCCUGUAAGAGCGCGUGCGACGCGUUUGGGACGCCGGAGUAUUGUUGUAACGGCGCGUAUGCUUCACCUGACACAUGCAAGCCGUCCAUGUACUCGCAGGUGUUUAAGUCGGCUUGUCCCAAGUCGUAUAGCUACGCGUAUGAUGAUGCCUCGAGUACGUUUACAUGUACCGGGGCGGAUUAUACAAUCACAUUUUGUGCUUCACUUCUUCCUAGUGUAAAGUCCGCAACAAAUUCUUCUCCACAAAUAUCAGGUACUGGGUCAGGGUCGGAAUCGGAAGGCGGCACGUCAUUGCUAGCAAGUUUGGCAACCGGAGACUCAACUAAAACCCAUUCUUCAAUUGCUUUCCACAGUGUGUUGAUUUUGGUUGUCUCCUUGGCUCUCUCAUUUUUACGAUUGCAGUAGGCUAGUAGCCACUCAUGUACCAACUGAUCCACUAAGUGGCAUAGUUGAGAGACCAGAGAAAGCGAUGCACCAACACCAACAAUUCAACUUCAUGAUGGUGAUCUGGGUAUUGCCUAGUGGCCCUAUUAUUACUCAUUGAGGAAAAUACACAGAAUCUAGGAUUGUGAUUUUGUACACCACCCACUUCUACAUUCCACAUACUUAAUUGAUUGUCAAGUACAUACGUCUAUAAUUAAUGUAUAAGAGCAUUUGUUUAGAAAUAAAAUUUGCUUUUCUUCCCA